AUGGACUAUUGCUUGAAACAGUGGGCAUCGACACCAUCAGGGAGACGCGUCCGCGCAACCCGUGGAGAGAUCAGGCAAAUGACGGCGCUUCACAUGGCAUUGGUGGAUCCGUUUCUGUGGUUCGCGACUCCGUGCCUGGACGAUACUGUGAAAAGAAUCAUCAUAGCACGACAGCAGAGAUGGUGGGCCGAUUCACACGAUCGAGGCGGUGUUGAGGACGAGACGACACAGCGGCCGUCUGCUGUGUUGGAGGGCAUCGAUACGAGCUGCAAAGAGCAACAAACCCCGGUGAUAACAUCAAUAUUUGGCCAACUGGGCAAUACGACCUCAAUCCCUCGCCAGCUGUUGGUCAUCAACAGCUCGUAUCAGACUCCAUGGAAUGGUGGAGGAGUGGAGAGCUGCAACAUGGAUAUCAGAUGGUCGUGGGCCGUCAAGAAAAGCUUGUGCGAACAAGUGGAGAAGCAGUUCCGCAGAGUGAAUGGGCCCUUCAUGUGA